AAAAUGUAAGGAUUUAUCUUCUUUUUAUCUGAUGAGCUUGGGCGUGUGGAAUGGAGGUGAGAAGCAUGUGGGAAGCUCUGCAAGUCCACGGGCAAGUAGUGAAAUUAGGGAUGGGGCACAAGGAUGCGUCGCGUAAGUUGUCUAAGGUCUUCACCUUCGCCGCUCUCUCCCCCUUUGGCGACCUCAACUACGCUCGUCUUCUUCUCUCCACCAAUCCCACUCUCAACUCUUACUACUACAACACCCUCCUUCGCGCCUUCUCCCAAACCCCCCUCCCCACCCCUCCCUUCCACGCCCUCUCCCUUUUCCUCUCCAUGCCCUCCCCACCCGAUAACUUCACUUUCCCUUUCCUCCUCAAAUGCUGCUCUCGUUCCAAACUCCCUCCUCUUGGUAAACAGCUCCACGCUCUCCUCACCAAACUCGGCUUCGCCCCGGAUCUUUAUAUCCAGAACGUCCUCCUUCAUAUGUACUCCGAGUUCGGCGACUUGCUCCUGGCUCGCUCCCUGUUUGAUAGAAUGCCUCACAGAGACGUUGUUUCCUGGACCUCCAUGAUUGGCGGCCUUGUUAAUCAUGACUUACCCGUUGAGGCCAUCAAUUUGUUUGAGAGAAUGCUGCAAUGUGGUGUAGAGGUGAAUGAGGCCACGGUUAUUUCUGUUUUGAGAGCCUGUGCUGAUUCUGGAGCCUUGAGUAUGGGGAGGAAGGUCCAUGCUAAUUUAGAGGAAUGGGGAAUUGAAAUUCACUCUAAGUCCAACGUUUCCACUGCUCUUGUUGAUAUGUAUGCCAAGGGUGGGUGCAUAGCGAGUGCGAGGAAGGUGUUUGAUGAUGUUGUCCACAGAGAUGUUUUCGUUUGGACUGCAAUGAUUUCUGGCCUCGCCAGCCACGGGCUUUGCAAGGAUGCCAUUGACAUGUUUGUUGACAUGGAAAGUUCUGGGGUAAAACCCGAUGAGAGGACAGUGACCGCGGUUUUAACAGCGUGCAGGAAUGCAGGCUUGAUUCGCGAAGGUUUCAUGUUGUUCAGUGAUGUGCAAAGGCGUUAUGGGAUGAAACCUUCAAUUCAGCAUUUUGGCUGUUUAGUGGACCUUCUUGCUAGAGCAGGGCGUUUGAAGGAAGCUGAAGAUUUUGUUAAUGCAAUGCCCAUUGAACCUGAUACAGUCCUUUGGAGGACCCUCAUAUGGGCCUGUAAAGUUCAUGGUGAUGCUGACAGGGCCGAGCGGUUGAUGAAGCACCUUGAGAUACAAGACAUGAGGGCUGAUGAUAGUGGAAGUUACAUACUUGCUAGCAAUGUUUAUGCAUCCACGGGAAAGUGGUGUAACAAGGCAGAAGUGAGGGAGUUGAUGAAUAAGAAGGGACUAGUGAAGCCGCCAGGAACUAGUAGGAUUGAGGUUGAUGGUGGUGUGCAUGAGUUUGUGAUGGGAGAUUACAAUCACCCUGAGGCGGAGGAAAUAUUUGUCGAAUUGGCUGAGGUGGUGGAUAAGAUAAGAAAAGAAGGGUAUGAUCCCAGAGUUUCAGAGGUCUUGCUUGAGAUGGAUGAUGAGGAAAAGGCCGUUCAGUUGCUUCACCAUAGUGAGAAGCUGGCUCUUGCUUAUGGACUAAUCAGAAUAGGUCAUGGGUCUACAAUCCGGAUUGUGAAAAACCUAAGGUCUUGUGAGGACUGUCACGAGUUUAUGAAACUAAUCUCUAAGAUAUACAAAAGAGAUAUCAUAGUAAGAGACAGAAUACGUUUCCAUCAUUUUAAAAAUGGAGAGUGCUCUUGUAAGGAUUAUUGGUAGCUUCAGAAUUGUCCUUGUGAAGAAUGCCCACUGUACUGUCACAUUGACAAAUGCAGAUGCCAAAGAAUGUUCCACAGUAGCAUGGCAAACAAAACAUGCGAACAAAAAAAAGUUGUGAAGAAUGUCCCGUGUACAGUCACAUGACCUACUAGCUUUGAUGCCUAAUACGGGCAUUGAUGAAUGCAAAUGCCAAAGCUGAGCCGUGAUCGCAGAUUCUGAUCAAAUGUCAAUAAACGGGAAAUUUUGUUAUCAAUAAGGUUCGUUAUAUUGGAUAAUGAGCAUUCCAGAUCGGAUAUACUUCGAUCUAUAAUCCAUGACAAACGUCCACGUUCAGAGUGUAUAUUAGUCAUCAUAAUAAUUUUUGGGACAAAUUCAUUGGUUUCUAAUUUCUAUUCGGUUAUGCCUAAUAAAACUAAUUCAGAAAGUAUAUAAAAGAGGAGCAGCUGCAAUCAUUCUUUGGAGGUUCUUUGGUCAGAUACUGUGAGCAAUUUACAGAACUGCAGGUAUGGGGUGAUAAACCUUUUGUGUGGGCCUUCAACCUUCAACUCCCAACCAAGGAUAACUAUAGUGCCAUCGCAUAUUUUACAACCAAAGAGACAGUCCUUGAGGAUUUGCUAAUGGACAAGUUCUUGAAGGGUGGCAA